GCAACUUAUCAUUCCUGCAUUCAAAAAAUAACUGGAAAAAUUUGUGUGCAAAUCUAUCAAAAAUUGCUGUAAAGUUUUUACCAGAAAGUGUUGGCCGAUUAGUAGCAGCCUGACAACGCUGAAUGGCUGAUUUGAUGAUUUUAAAUUCAGUUCUCCUACUAAUAUAUUAGUAAAAUAAAGAAGGAUACGAUAGAUCAGAUCGGGAUUUUCCUCAGACACAAAUAUGGCCAUACCUUUCAGAGUAAUAAAGAAUGAAGAUUCUCCACACGUUAUAAGAUAACAUAAACAAGUAAAAAAGGAGGUAAGGUCGGCCGGGCCAAAUUUUUAAUACCCUCCACCCUUUGGAAGGAAUUUGAAAAUUUUCAAAAAAAUCGGAAAACUACCACAUAAAUGAAAACCGUUAUAUGGGGACGAAAUUUUUUUGCAUACGAAAUUUUUUGUCAUAGAUUGUAGUACCCAUUACGCACUUCAAAUAUGAAAUUUUAAAGUUCCAGUGAAUUAUGUCGCUAAGAUCAUAAAAAUAUCGAAUAUCAGGAGGUACCGUUAUAUGGGGGCUAUACGAAACCGUGAACCUGCAUACGAAAUUAUUUGUCAUAGAUUGUAAUACCCAUUACGAACUUUAAACCCGAAAUUUUUAACAAUUCCGGUGAAUAUUGUCGAAAAAUUAUACCGUUAUAUGGGGGCUAUGAUGUGGACUUGCAUACGAAAAUUUUUACCAUAUAUUGUAAUACCCAUUAAGAUUUUCCAAUACGAAAUUUAAAACGAUUCCGGGGAAUAAUGUUGCUGAAAUCAUCAAAGUACUGAAUAUCGAGAUGUACUGUUAUAUGGGGGCUAUACAAAAGACGUGGACCUGCAUACAAAAUUUGUUGUCAUAGACGUAGUACAUAUUAUGAACUUCAAAUACGAAAUUUGAAAUAAUUCCGGUCCGGGAGGUACCGUUAUAUUAGCCAUUUGGUGCACAAUAAACCUGAAAGGAAAAUAUCGUUCUUGUGCAGUGCAUAUUAAGAAUAUGUGGGACUUAAAUGCCAACUCGGAUGAAACAUAUAUAUGGGGGCAAUAGCUGUACCACCAAAUUUGAAGUACCUAUUUCCAAGCUGAAUUUGGUAGAAUGUGCCCAUAUACAUCCCAUAUGGGCGAAUAUUACACAUUUGGCGCACAAUUAAACUGAAAUCGGAGGAAAAUAUAUAUGGGAGCUGUAUCACUAAUUUCAUUCUUGGGCCAAACAAAUGAUGUAUGAAAAAUCUCAUCUCAAUCGGACAAUAAAUGCGAAAAAAAUCUCUUCUGAAAGUCACAUGCACAUUUGCUUCCGUAAAUACCCAGCGUUUUUCAUUGAUUGUUGUGACUUCCAGUCUACCCAGAAGUGCUAUGCUUUUUCUUCGUCUUGCCUGAACGUGAUAUUGUCUCUAGCUAUGCGGCUCAAAUUUUGCAAAUAUAAUACAAUCGGCACGUAUGUCCAGAUACUGAAUACUUUUAUAAAUAUCUUCGAGUUAUUUGUUUAUGGCCAGUUGAGUUCGCAUUUGUCAGAUCAAAGGUACAUACAUCUAUUAUAUUUCCAACGGAGAUGAUUUACACCAGGGUCAACUUUACGGCAUGCAUUCUCGUAGUGGUGCUGUCGACAGUAGUAUUUGCUGAACCCGGCUUGAAAUUGAGAGAGAAAUUAGCCAAACUUUUAAUGGAUCCCGAAUUCGACCAUUUGGACAAUGAAAUCUCGCGAGAAGAUAACCAAUUGAUGCCGAAUACACCAUUUGUGAGGCAGGGAAUGUUGCUGAAAAAUCGGGUACCCGACAUAUUGCCACGCUUCAAAAAUCGCAAGAAUGUCUUUUCCAUCUUUGAUAUGACAAAGAAUGACGACUCGGGCAGCUAUGAGAGCGAGGAAAUGACAAAGAAGUCGACAACAACUACAACGACGGAAGUUCCAGAAAAUUCCCGAAAUGUCGUGUUGGUUGGUAUGGCCCCCUUGAAGGCAUUAAUGAAUCGCUUCAUGGAAAUGUGGAGUGGCUAAGUAACGGAUGUUCGCGAUACACACGACACAUAAGUUGAAGCUAUGACAAUCGUGUGAUUGAAUGAAUUUUAAAUUAUUGUUUUAUUUUAUUAAAUUAUUGAAAAGAAAACGAAAAUAUUAAUUUAUUAUACCCUACAA